CAGACUCACCUGGCGACAGUCGAGAGAGAGACCUGUUUUGUCAUUGCUCGACACCAAAGGGAGGCUCUGGGCACCGCGUUCCUCGGUGUCUCCGCCUCCCAUUUCCACCGAUCUCUUUCUCUCUCUAUAAAACCAUCUUGUUUUAGGCUGUCGUUUUGUUUUCCGCAUUUGAACCAGAAAGAAUGUCGGUCAUCUCGAAUCUCACGGCGAGCCACACCGCCGUUAAUUUUCCCGGAACGAAGCUCAAAUUCGAUACGAUUAACGGAGUUAGUUUGAAGAUUCCUAGACCUUACCAGAAUGGUGCAUUUCGUGUCUCUGAACUAUCUCUUGGUCAAUCAAGCUGUGCUGCUAAAUUUUUAAGUGUACGUAUGGCAUUAGUUGAUGAGAGGCUUGCUCGUGGCAGAGAUGUGGCUGAGCAUUCUGGAGUCCUGGCACAUGAGCUCGUUCAAGGAUCACUUGUAAAAUGGAGUUCCAUGAUGGACAAAUCAAUACCGGAACCACCAACCGCUGUUCUCCUUCAUGGCAUUUUAGGUAGCGGGAAGAACUGGGGAACUUUUGCUCGAAGACUGGCCCAAGCUUUUCCGACAUGGCAGUUUCUCCUGGUGGACCUGCGGUGCCAUGGUGAUUCAGCAUCAAUGAAGAAGAGGCGACCCCAUACUGUUGCCUCAACUGCUCUUGACGUAUUAAAGCUGGUUGGACAGCUUAGAAUAACACCCCGAGUUCUUGUUGGUCAUAGCUUUGGAGGAAAAGUUGCAUUGAGCAUGGUGGAACAAGCUGCUAAACCUCUUGCACGGCCUGUCAGAGUAUGGGUUUUGGAUGCUACUCCUGGAAAAGUUAGAGCUGGUAGAGAUGGAGAAGACCAUCCAGCUGAACUUAUCUCUUUCCUCAGUAAACUGCCUAAGGAGGUCAUUUCAAAGCGGGAGGUUGUGAAUGCUCUUCUUGGAGAAGGUUUUUCCAAAGAUGUGGCACAGUGGGCGGUAACUAACCUCCGAUCUACCAGCCCUCUUGGUUCACCAUCAUCAAGCUUCUCAUGGGUCUUUGACCUUGAGGGAAUUGCCGAAAUGUACCAAUCCUAUGAAGAAACAAAUUUAUGGAAAUUUGUGGAAAAUUUGCCUCGAGGUGUGCACGUUAAUUUUUUGAAAGCAGAGAGAAGCUUGCACAGGUGGGCAGUUGAAGAUCUCCAGAGAAUUCAUGCUGCUGAGGAGCUGGCUUCUGAUGGUGGAGGUGGAGUUGAAAUGCAUGUCCUUGAAGAUGCUGGACACUGGGUUCAUGCCGAUAACCCAGAUGGUUUGUUCAGAAUUCUGUCAUCUUCUUUCCAGGGAUUCUGAUGUGGAAGUAGUGAAUGCAUUUUUCCCCUUUAGUUCAUAUACAGCUGCCUGCAGAAUUGUGUAGAUCAGUAUAUAGCUUUAUGUUGGUAUGAUAAAUAUAAGUGUGUAAAUGUUUCAUUUUUCCCCCUUGUGUUGCAAAUUUUAUCUAGGGUGACUUGUUAAAUAGAAAUUUAUUUAUUCCUAGUACCUUUCAUAUAUCUAUAAUUUUGAAUAUAAAAUUGUUCAAAUAGAUUGUUUUGAUUGUAUUUGAGGCUUGUAUUUAUAUAGUUAAAUCCGAAAAUUAAUCAUUUUUAGCUGUUA